GUAUUGUUAAUUUAGAUAUAAUAUACAUUGAUGAUGUUUUACCACGCCUAGACAUAUUGAGUCUUUGUUAUAAAAACUGAUUUGUGUAAAGAGUGAUAGUGAUACAGGUGAAAAUAUCUAUCUACUUUACAAUAAGUGGGUAUACUGUAAGUUAGACCGAAAGUUAUGUUUCUUAAAAGUGCUAAAACACAAAGAAUAUUUUGAAGUACAUAGCCCGAGGGCAUAAAGAAACUGGUUGUCCGAAAGCGGCGACUGUAAUAUGGGGGACAGAGGCGCGACGGGGGGCGCUUGGGGUGCGCGCGACGAAUCCUCGUGGUGGCCGGGUGGCGCAGGUGAACUACAGCACCAACAACAAUUAAAUGAAGAAGUCGCCAGAAGUACUGCGGCAGCUACACAUCAACUUUAUACAUAUAAAAUGACUGGUGGCUUUUCAAACAAUGGUGGAGAUACUUCCACGACUAGCUAUGAUUAUCGUUUAAUGCCUGGGUCAAAUACCAGGGAAGAAUCUGCCCAACAGCCAUGGUGGUAUACAUCAGGAACAGUUGAAUCUCAACAAACUUCGUCUCCUACGCCUCAAAAUCAGUCGAGCCCUGAUCCUGAUCAGGGAAAUCAACAGGCAAACGGAAUUCAACAAAACCACCAGACUUUACAACAGCAGCAAUCUCAACAGGAGCAGAAUCAAGCGAUUCAACAACAGAAUCAGUUGCAACAGCAACUGCAGCAACAACAGAACUUACAACAAGCAUUGCAGCAACAAAGUCAGACAUUGCAGCAAUCUCUUCAGCAACAGCAGCAGCAGCAAGGUCAGCAGCAAACGUUGCAGCAGAUGCUGCAACAGCACCAGCAGCAGCAGCAGCAACAACAACAACAGCAACAACAGCAGCAACAACAACAGCAACAACAGCAGCAGCAACAGCAACAACAACAACCUUUGCAACAGAGUUUACAGCAGACCUUACAAGUGAGCCAGGCUCAGGCCCAAGCGCUUGUACAGGCUCAAGCUGCGUUACAACAGCAAGUUGCUCAGACACUGCAGCAACAACAACAGAACCUGCAUGAACGCAUGCAAGCUGUUCAACAACAACAAAUCCAAGCUGCGUUACAACGACAAUCAGCUACUUUCCAGGAGCUCCAACAACAGCAAGCGUUAAUAGCGCAGGCGGCAGGGAACAAGGGAAGAAUGCCACGGGCAAGGCCGUAUAAUAAGCCGCGCGGGCGCAUGACCGCGUAUGCGUUUUUCGUGCAGACCUGCCGCGAGGAGCACAAGAAGAAACACCCCGAUGAGAAUGUUAUAUUCGCGGCCUUCUCUAAGAAGUGUGCCGAGAGGUGGAAUACAAUGUCGGAAAAGGAGAAGCAGCGGUUCCACGAGAUGGCUGAACAGGACAAGCGGCGGUAUGACCUCGAGAUGCAGAACUACGUGCCGCCCAAGGACGUGAAAGUCCGCGGCCGCAAGCGGCAAGUGAAGGACCCGAACGCGCCCAAGCGCUCGCUGUCCGCAUUCUUUUGGUUCUGCAACGACGAACGUUCUAAGGUGAAGGCGAGUAAUCCGAUGUUCUCCAUGGGUGAUAUCGCUAAGGAGCUAGGCAGGUUAUGGGCAGCCGCCGAUCCAGAGACUAAGUCCAAGUACGAAGCGCUUUCCGAACAGGACAAGGCGAGAUAUGAUAGAGAAAUGACAGCGUACAAGAAAGGUCACUUACUGGCACAACAGCAACAGGCCCAAGAAGUUGAAGACGAAGAAGGUGAAUAUCUGGGCGAGGGGGACUACGAGACAGAGACCACAGCUUAGUCAGCCUGCCACGGGAUCAUAAACAGUGGUCAGACUAAGGUUGUUUCUUAGCAUCAGAAUUUGAGUUGUACGCAGGCCCCAGUGAGGGAGGACGAGAUUCACUGUUAGCAAAAUAUGCCGGUGCCGAUUUGUAAUAUAUGAAUGGGUACAGAAAAAUAAAUAUCGGAAGGCAAUAUAAGGGUUUGCGCUGUCGAGGGACUCGGUUAUAGAGGACACAAGUCUUUGAAGCGUGUAAAAUAUAUAAUAAUUUGUCUGCCGGCAAGAUAUUAGAAGUGUUCCACGCGGAAUAUAGUCCACCGCGUGCGUUGAUGCGCUCUGAGACUUCAAUUAUAAAUUUCGGAUACACUCGCGUACUUUUGUGCGGUCCGGUUUGUCAGUAUUCACUGACAGACCGUAUUUUAGGACUUUUGAAGCUAUACUUUUUAGUAUUUCCCACAAAGUAUAUAGUACGACACAGUUUGUGUCCUAUUUUGACGGACAAAAGUGCCCCAAGGAUUGUCCCUUCGUCUGUGCAAACCCAAAAAUGUAUAAAUAAUUAAGUUUGCGGAAUAAAAACUACGCAAAUACAUGUGUCGGGGGAGCGUUACCUGAAUCAUGUUAUUUGGUAAGUUGUUUUAGCUAUUAGAUACCAUAUUAUGCUGUUUCAUGUCUUCUAGUCUCUUGUUUAAUCUUCCUUCGUGUGUUUGUUACGUUUUUGAAACUACAAAUCGGUACCCGCCUCAACUAUUUGCCUACAUUUUUAUAUUAUACUCGAAUAUUUUUUAUACAGCAACAAUUUCUAUACAGUUGUCAAUAAAGGGAUUAGUCAUUUCUAGGAUUGCCACAUGUAUCUGUUUCUAAUUUUUAUGUCUUAGUAUACUUACUUUAGUUACAGUAGAUUGAAGAUGAUGAGCAGUAAUGAAUUACUUUUUAGUCAGUCUACUUAAAUAGUGAAGUUUCUAUAAAGUACAAAACUGAAGUCGAUUGGGCUAAAACAUUUUUUUUUAUCAUCUCUAUUACUUAGAUAUAUUUUUGUCGCGUCCACUUAAAAAUAAUAUAAAUAAAAAUAAAAUAUUAAUUUAAUAAUCAUUCAACAAUAUAUUAACUUUUAAAAUUUUUGAUAGUAAAGGGUUUGAUAUUAACAAUUUUCAAGAAAAUCUUAGUUAGGUUUAGAGUUAAGAUUGUGUGUAGAAAGUUUAAAAAAUAUAUUUUGCUAUGUUUUACUACCAACACACAAUGUUUAAAGCAAAAUUAUCUUAACUUUAAUGAAUCUAUCUGAUACCUAUGAGAUUAAAACUGAAAGCGUGUUAAAUUUUUAUUUUAUAUUAUUAAAUGUUGAUAUUACAGUGGACUCGAGAAAAACGACUGAAUACAAAUAAACAUUAGGUAUAUAUGUCAUUGUUAAAACUUAACAGGUUAAAAGCACUUUUCACUGCGCAAAACAGUAAGAUUAGGUUUUACUUUUAACUGUUAAACAUCUUUUGACCAGUUAAGAGAAUACAAUUAGAAAAUAUGUGGCAAUCUAUGUUGAUAAUACUCUAUAUAGUUACUAUACUUGACAGUUCCACUCUUAUGCAAGAGACCAACUUUUGUAGUAAUAUUAAUCGGUUCGGAGGCAAACAAGAAUUGUUGAAUUACUUGAAACACAUGUGUAUAUCUGAACUUUUGUUAUGGUGUUUUAUAAUCAUUGAUGGAAUAAACUGCAAGGCAGCAAUGAAAUAAUCUUUUGACCGCUUGGAUUUAUAGCAAAUGUCGUGUCCCUAGCGCGCGAUUCAAAUCGGCAACUUCAUAUUGUACUAGCUAUAUACUGCAGCUUCGCCCAUGGUAAUAUCGUGAUGUUGAAUAGCCUAUAAUGACUUUUCUGAAACGAGCUAUUAAAUCUAAAAACAUUUUUUUUUUAAAUUUAGCUAGUAAUUUCAGAGAUCUGCUUUAUAUAUUAGAGUUUUUAAAAUAUUUCAAAGACAAGUAAUUUUAAAAAAUUGCCAUUUAAUUAUAUAUUCUGUUUUUAUUUUAUUACUUUACAAGCUGAUUCAGCAAACGCUGUUCUGCCAUAUCAAUAUUUUUUUCUUGAUACCACCUAGCAGUAUGAAAUACACCCUAUUCUCAUACCUACCAGAUAUACAUAAAAAUUAUAAAAAUCAGUCGAACUGUUUCGUAAAAGGUUAACCACAAACAUAAUUAACCCUAGAUUUUUAUAUUUAAAUUAAUAUAUUAAGGCAGACGAAUAAACGAAAAAAUAACCAUAUGUGUUUAUGUGUAUUUGAAAAGUUGGAAAUCCGUCAGAGCGAUAGGGGCACGAAAAUAAUUUGUCAAAUAAAUUUGUGGCGGUUAAAAGGUUACAAUAAUAGAAAAGGACGUUAAUUGUGCAAUAUCUAACAAUCUGUGUAUUUUAAAAUAAAUAUAUAAAAUAACGUGUUUCGUUAUCAAAACACGGUGUACCAUAUUUGAAUUGUUGAGAACUUGUAACAUUGUAAUGCAUUCUGGCGUGAUUUAAUAGAUGUAUUGUUAGAUAUUAAUUUCUUUUUCUAUAUUGUUUCUGUUAUUGACUAAAUUAUGUUAAGUUAGAAUUUUUUGGUCCAUAUCGUAGUACACAACGGACCUCAAUUUUGCGAAUAAAGUGGUAAAUAUUGUUUUCUCUAGAUUUCAACUUACCAUCAGUGUUGAGAUGCAGCGUACGCUAUGUAAAAGUCCCUAAUACUGAUUGUUCUGUCGUGUAAAUAAUAAACAGCUUCAGUAACAAGAACCUGCAGCUAUGUUCUCUAAACGGUACAUACCAUAUGUACCGUUCCCGCAAAAGUUCCGGAAAAUCCUACUAAACUACGUUAUGCAAAUUAAGGUGAAAUUUAAAUGAUUAGUGUCUUUAAAGAAAGUCCUAAUAGUGAUCCUAUUGUAAUAAUAAAAUUGUAAAUCAAUUUAUGUCUUUAAGAUUUUAUCGUACAAUGAAGCGUGACAAUCGUAAAUUUUACCUUACUUUUUAAUGCAGUAAAGUAUAUCACGCAUCGAACACUAUACACUUAUUAUCGAGAAAUGACCUAGAAAUACAGUUUCGUUGUAAUUUUGAAAUUAUAACUAUUAACUGAAUAAAUAUAGCCAUUUCCUCCGAUACCAUGCAACAAUCUCUGUAUUUAAAAAAAUACACUGUAAUGCUAUAUCGAUAUAGUGUAUUUUUAUUAAUUGUUUGCACGACAGAAUAUGUUAUAGAGGGCAGAGGAUUCAUUAUUCAAUGUUAUUAGCCAAUAUUAAUAAUCCUAACAUCACAAUGAACUAACAUCACAAUGAAUGUAGAUAAGUUUGCCAUAUUGUGAAAGUGUUUUGUACUAUCAAAAUUGUAUUUAGUUUUUUUUAGGAGGAGGAUUUAGACCAAGUGAGUGAAUAAUUCUUAAUACUACUCCAAUGUUUUUAAAAGAAAGUGUACUAAGAGGUGGCAUCGUUAAAUUAUAAUAAAAAUAAUGUUUCAAUAAUUUUGUGGCUGAAAAACAAUUCGAAGCGGCCGGGUUUUGAACCUAUCGCUUCAUUAAACGGCCGUUUUGAAAUUUAUAAUAACUAUGGCGCCUCUCCGGCGACACAUACGACAUCUAUUGACGAUUAUACUAUAUAACUUUUUUAACCUAGUCCGUUUUAGUUCUGUUCUAGAUCAUGGUCUGUGAUUUUUGUUCUUUUAGUCUGAAUCCACCUUAAGGAAAAAAAAAAUAGUAGUGUGAGCUGUAAACAUCGCCUCACCUGACUCCACAAUGUCGUUAAAUAGCUAUAAUGACCUUGUCGUGGUGUUAACAAUGACGCUGAUUAUGAUUCACUAGUAAUUAGUACUGUUAGCGAAAUUAAGUGAAACUGCAAAAUUUGAAUUUUCCAUUUACUUCUUUAUUUUUGACGAUUCGAUAAUAGACAGGCAGCUGCCUGUAUUUUUAUGCAAGGUUCCGUACCUUGGAACUUGGAAAAUCGUAGAAUUAAUAUGUAAGUUUACAAAAAUAUUAUCUUUUGAAGAUGUUCACAUAGUGUUUACAACUUUCCAACAGAACAUGAGUUUCAAUACGAUUGUAAUGUAUGCCCAUUGAGUUUUGGAAACUAUUGGGUCGAUUCUGAGGCGUCAGUUCUCUAAACGUAUUUCUUAGUCCAAUAUUUUAUUUUGAUAAUUUCGCGAAACUAUUGUUUUAAGGACUAAACUAAAAUUAUUAUAAUUUUGUCUUUUAUUAGAAAAUUAGUUUGUAUUGGUCCUUACAAUAAAGAUUUCGCUGUGAUAUCAAAUUGAAAUUGAAAUUUUAAAGAUAGGUUUAGGGAAAUGGCUCCUCAGGUUCGACCCAAUUUUUUCUGUUGUUAAAUAUCAAACAAAAAAUUUAAUUUCAAUUCGGAUUUAUAUACUCUAUAGUUUGUGUAUACAUAAUUAUGUAAACGUCCAUUGUCUUCGUUGUGUAUAUUUUAUGUGACCUUAUUAAUUUACUAUUUUCGGUAAAGUCAAGUUUGUCUACAUUUUUCAAAUGAGUACAUCUGUUGCAUAUGUAUGCUAUUUUUGCAGUUUCACUUGUAAAUUGUGACAAUUGUGAUGACCUUGAACAUUGAUAUACAAUUUAAAUGUUUCCAUUCCUUUGUAUAAAACUAGUUUCGGUCAAAUAAAAGGUGUGGCCUUAUAUUUGUAUUUCUGAACUUACGACAGCAAUAGUAAAAUAUCAGGAACAAGUUACAAUAUUAUAAUGUAAGUCCAUCGAAUAUAAGUAAGUUGAUAGUAUUUCGAAUUAGUGCGUUAAGUCGUGUGCGGAGCGAGAUUGUAAGAUUUUGUUAUAUGUGACGAGAUAUUGUAUAUAGUUAAAUUAUAUUCCCUUUAUUUGAUUAGAUUUUAUGUUAAAAACUUAAUACGUUUUACCACGUUGUUUAUAAAAUAUCAAAGAAAAAGAUAUUGUGUACGCGAUAAGUCGAUUCGAUUAGUCGGUUGAGAGAGGAAUGUUAUUAAUAUACAUUGUGCGAACUGGAAGCAAUUAUGGUACUUAAAUUUUAUAACUGUAUUAGUGAUCAGUCUUCAGUGAUGCUAGAUUAUCCUGUCCCAGCUUAUUACCCGUUACAGUUUGUUGUAACUCAAAUGGGUGAAAUGAUUAUCGUGAUUGAAUAAUUGUUUAAGCAAUUCCACUGAAAUAACUAGUUCCAUAUUUGUAUUAAAGAUUACCUAGUGGAAGUGAAUGAGGAAUAUUUUUAAGGCGUGUAAUGGGGGCGAUAUUGUCUUGAAUCUGUGAAUCGCUCACUGUACAAAACAAUAUAGUGAAUCUUUUACACAA